CCCCAGUGACGUCAUCAGAGGCGGACUCUGUCCCUCCAGCUCCAGAGUUGGGCUAGCUCUGACAAUGGCAGCUUGGGCUAAGGGGGUUCGGGCGGUGCUCCUGGAUGUCAGUGGGGUGCUGUAUGACAGCGGCGGACCGGCAGGGGGAGCUGCCAUCCCAGGCUCCAUAGAGGCAGUGAGCAGGAUAAGGGGAUCUGGGUUGAAGCUGCGUUUCUGCACCAACGAGUCACAGGCUACACGCGAUCACUUUGUCCGGAAGCUGCAAAGAGUUGGCUUUAGUAUAUCUGAAGAAGAAGUAACCGCACCAGGUCCUGCAGCCAAAAAACUGCUAAAAGAUCGUGGUUUGCGCCCUCACUUAUUAGUACAUGAUGAUCUGCUGCCUGAGUUUGACUCAACUGAUAAGUCUGACCCAAACUGUGUCGUUAUUGGAGACGCCGCUGAAAACUUCUCCUAUCAAAACGUGAACCAUGCAUUUCAGGUUCUACUGAACAUGGAUAAACCGAUCCUUAUUUCACUAGGAAAGGGGCGUUAUUAUAAGGAAACUGAUGGCUUGAAGUUGGAUGUAGGAGCAUAUAUGAAAGCACUGGAGUAUGCCUGCGAUAUAACCGCUGAGGUUGUGGGAAAGCCAUCACCAAAUUUUUUCAUGUCAGCCUUAGCAGAAAUGGGUGUAAAGCCAGAAGAGGCUCUCAUGAUUGGGGAUGAUCUAAUUAAUGACAUUGGAGGAGCCCAAUCCUGUGGGAUCAAAGCUGUUCUCGUCAGAACUGGGAAGUACAGACCUACCGAUGAACACCAUCCUGAUGUGACAGCUGAUGGAUAUGUGGACAAUUUAGCUCAAGCAGUGGACAUUCUCCUUUCAUCCAAAGGAUCUCAAUAGUGACAAUGAUCAAUUUGUAUUUUUAGAGUACAAGCCCAUCGGUUUAUUCUAAGGACAAUAAGAGUCUAAAGAAGUCUUUGUGAUUCAUUUCAGGAUUAUGUUUGAAGGUUGAUGAAUUAAUUGUGGACUGUCAAAGUGAACCUUUUGAUUUGACAGCAAUUGGCAUUCUAAAAAGCAUUUAUGAAACUUAAUACAGCUUGAGAUUUCUCCCCCAAACAUAUACUAUAGUUAAGAUGGAGAAUUUUUCCAAAUUUGCUAUUUUGGUCUAAAUUUAGCAAUUCACAUAUUAGUAAAUAAACCUUUUUGAUAUCUCAGGUGAGUUGUAGGGCAAAAUUGAAACUAAUCAUAUUGUAUAAGUAUAAAACUACUGAUUGCAGAUGGCAGUGAAUCCAGGAAUCUGUUGUAGACUAUCUUUGAUAUAUUCCAUUAUGAUCUUCUGUGAUUAGACUUUAAGAGAUAUAUAGAUACAUUAAGUAAAUGUUAUUUACAAAUAAUCGUUGUUAAUAUGACUGCAGCAAUAGGAAGACUUUAAAUACGCUGUAGCCUAUUGGAAAGUAAUCAGAAAUUAUCCUUAUUUUUUAAGUAAUUUGGGAUGCUC